AUGGCAUCAGUGCCCCGGGCAAAUGGCGUACAGUCGCCUGCUGUGGGAGUAGGGCCGUCCUAUCGGCCGGCCGAGGAGAAGCCCACGGCCACAGUGUCAAGAGAUGUGUCGCACGAGAAUGUGCAUGUGCUUCCGCAAACACCACAGCUCAUUGCCCUGCUGACGAUCAUCCGCGACAAAGACACCCAACGAGCCGAUUUCAUCUUCUACUCCAAUCGCAUCAUCCGGCUCCUUGUCGAGGAAGGAUUGAACCAUCUCCCGGUGGUCGCCCAUACCGUGACGUCUCCCGUGGGGAAGGAUUAUGUCGGAGUCAAGUUUGAGGGCAAGAUCUGUGGCGUCUCGAUCAUGAGGGCGGGCGAGUCCAUGGAAGAAGGUCUGCGAGAAUGCUGCCGCUCCGUCAGGAUAGGCAAGAUCCUCAUUCAGCGGAACGAAGAGACUAGCCAGCCAAAGUUGUUCUACGAAAAGCUGCCUACGGAUAUCAAAGAUCGAUGGGUCUUGCUGCUCGACCCCAUGUUGGCUACGGGAGGUAGUGCGAUCAUGGCCGUGGAGGUUUUGAAGAGCAAAGGUGUGCCAGAAGACCGCAUCUUGUUCUUGAACUUGAUUGCGAGUCCCGAGGGCAUUCAAAAUUUCGCCGAAAAAGUACCCAAGGUCCGAGUGGUUACGGCAUUCAUUGACCAAGGUCUGAACGAGCACAAGUGA